GCUGUUUUUCUUUUCACUUUUUCAGCAGUCAAUUUCAGAGUUUGAAAGGACGUUUUCAGCAUCUUGAAUAUAGUUUUAAUAAUUGUCAUCAUUUAAUCUUCAAAAUGUGCUAACAGGGAUAGGUAAGGAAAGGAAAUCCUGAUCAGAGAACCGUGUUUCGUCUCUUGUAGUUUUACCGCCGCAGGCCGCCCAGCUUCUCGGAUUACAGCAUCAUCAGUUGAAGUUUAAUCAUCAAAAUGUUGAAGAGUGUUUUUAGCAAAACCACAUUAUGCCUGUUGCUGUCGCUCAUUUGCGGUGUGUUUGGUGCUACAGAUGAAGUCAAGUCAGUGACAGUGACUGAGGGAGAUUCUGUCACUUUAAACACUGAUGUUACUGAAAUACAGAAAACUGAUCAGAUUCUGUGGAUGUUUGGACCUCAAGAGACUCGUAUCGCUGAAAUAUACAGGCAGAACAUUGACAUGUUUGACAGCAGUGAGAUAUUUGAAGACAGACUGAAGAUAGACAGUCAAACUGGAUCUCUGACCAUCACAGACAUCAGAAAUGAACAUUCUGGACUUUAUAAACUGAACAUCAUCAGCAAAAUUAAGUUAUACAAGAGAUUCAAUGUUGCUGUUUAUGCUCCUCUACCUGUUCCUGUCAUCAGCAACGUGCUUUCAAACUCAUCAUCCCCAAACUCCAGAUGUUUAGUGUUGUGUUCAGUGUUGAAUGUGAGUGCUGUGAGUCUCUCCUGGUACAAAGGAAACAGUUUAUUGUCCAGCAUCAGUGUGUCUGAUCUCAGCAUCAGCCUCUCUCUACCUCUGGAGGUGGAAUAUCAAGAUAAAAACACCUACAGCUGUGUGGUCAACAAUCCCAUCACAAACCACACCAAACAACUGGACAUCAGUCAACUCUGUCAGACAAAUAGAGAAGCAUCACAUGCUGCCAUUUUCCACACUGGAUUCAUUUCUGCUUUAGUUCUGCCUGGACUUGCUGCUGCAGUGUACUUCCUAUAAGAAGCACAAAGGGAAAAAUGCAUGACUCAUGUUCAUGUACUGUAACAAAAAAAUCCAUUAGUACUAUUGCAUUGGGUUCUAACAAGUGAUGGUAAUAACUGACCCUCUUAACUUUUCAGUUGAUGUGGCGAGCCAACUAUGUCUGAGGUGAUUCUUCUAAGCAAUGCACCGAACUCAUAACUGCUUCCCGGGUAUGUGUUCAGGGGUGUAAGUCGCUUUGGAUAAAAGCAUCUCUAAUUUCUCCUAUAGAUAUAUUUAACCAUUGUUUUCUCCUUUUUUUGCUCAGUUUUGCUGUGCUUUACACAGAAACUACUCAAGAUCUCCUCAGGGUUUCUCAUUUUAUUGGUUCUUACGGUUAACAACAAAAUUUCAGCACAUGCUUUCUCUCUAGCUCUUGUCUAUGGUGUAUGCAAACUGCACGUUAUAACAUGUCUCAUCAUUCCAUACAAUUUCAGACACUCUGGCUUGUUUAAAUGUAACACACCUCUUUUUACUGAACCACCGAUUCUUGUUUUGCCCUAGUUUAAACAGUAAUGUAUUUGUGUGCAGACUCAGCACAAAGGUUUUUAAAGUAAUUUUCAUGCAGUCAGAAAUGUCCGCAGCAUUUCUCAUUACUGUUUCCAGGAUUAAAUCUGUAGUUGUCAGUUAUUGCUAGUGCUUCUUGUGAUAAGUGGCAGAAUCUCAUAUUUCAGUAUUAAUGGCAGUCAAGUGAGCAUAUACAAGUUGUCCAGCAAGCAUUUUUUGUUUUUAAUAGAUGUUUAAUAGAUGUCGUCUUGGCUAAAACAAGGCUAGAUUUGGGCUGUCAGUGAAAAUCUAAUAGACAAAUAGGCCAAAGUUAGACUAGUCAUUAAAUAAACAAAUGAAUGACUACACAUAUAAAGUCUGUCUAAUACGUCUAUUCAAUUCACCUUUAUUUGUAUAGCGCUUAUACAAUGUAGAUUGUGUCAAAGCAGCUUCACAUAAAAGGUAACAGUAAAUAGGAACAGUGUAGUUCAGUUUGUAGUGUUUAAGUUCAGUUCAGUUUAGCUCAGUUCAGUGUGGUUUAAUAAUCACUACUGAGAGUCCAAAUACUGAAGAGCAAAUCCAACGAUGCGCAGCUCUGUAGAUCCCGAACCAUGCAAGCUAGUGGCGACAGCGGAGAGGGAAAAAACUUCACUAAAUGGCGAAAGUGAAGAAAAAAAACCUUGAGAGAGGUUUAUUUGACGUCUAUUUGACGAUUGACAAGUCCAUGAAUGAAUAAAGAACAUCCUUUUAUUGUUAACAGAGUUUUUAUACAUUUUGCUGUAAAAAAUAUAUGUAAAAUAUAAAAUAUUAUUGAAGGAAGACAACUGGAGUGGAGAGCCACGUAUUUCUGGUCAAAGAGCCACAUGUGACUCGGGAGCCAUAGGUUCCCUACCACAGGCCCAAGUUAAUCCUUGUUUUAGCCAAGACGACUAUGUUUAGAUGUCUAUCAGACGUCUAUUGAACACAAAAUUGUUUGCUGGGAAUUGCUGUUUAUCUCAAUCAGAAAAAUUAGACACUGUACUCUUUAAUGUUUAAUAAAUUGUUGUUUAUAAAUCGUUUUUGUACAUAUA